ACGCGAGCAGAUGUUUCUCGUGGAAUAGUUUAAGAAAUCUGGCAGGUAGGAGUCGAGUCAUUCGUAGAAAGGAAGAGAGAGAAAGAGAGGGGGAGAAAAGAAAAGAGGAAAAAUGAAGAUGAAGGAAUGGUGAGUGGGGCUGACGUGAGUGGAGCUCAGCAGCUGCCGGCGAAUUCGACAGUUGCCGUGAAGAAUUCCGCGAGGAAAGGUGCAGCUAUUGAAUAUUACAUGAAUUAAAAAAAAUUCCACUCGGAAAUGUGGUAUGACUGAAAAUCUUAUAGCUGUAACGUCUGUCGACAGACAAAGAAUAGCAAAGUGUCUAAUUCUCCUUACAUAUGUCCAAUGCAAAAUAAUUUCAAUUCUUUCUAACACGCGUGAUAACUCAUUCGGACGAGCCUAGCAACUGACAAAAGGCAGAGCUUUCAAGCAUGCGUGACCCACUUUGUAAGUGGCCUACCGACAAUUGCACAAAAUAUUGAAUGUGCGUUGUAAAAUUCUAAAAGGAUUAAAAUGGCCUGAAUAGUAUCAAUUAAUGUCAUUAAAAUCUAAACAAAUUUAAAGAGCAGAGUGAAACGUGAAUCCCUUGAUCCGCCCUGAUCUUAUUGAGCGGUACAACUUGGAAAGCGGAAAUCCAUGUACUUAUGGGGUAUUCUAUAGUGAUGUGUAUCCUCAGGACGAACAGGGAACAUUGGACGAUCACUCAACCUUCAGCAGGGCUGACUCAUCCAGUAAAAAGACGUAUCUUGUAAUUAAUGAGUUGCAUUUUGCGACGCCUGCGCUUUGUGAAACCCGCGAGAGCGCCUGUCCUUCCGACAUUCUGGCCGCGUUUCGCGGCGGCGAGUGUAGGACUACGGGUGUGGUUUUUGAUUUGGUUCCGUCAUCGACUUGGGGGAGACUCUCCCGCGUUCCUGAAGACGUAGGAAGAGGAAUACCGAAGAGGGUUGCUUGGUGACGGUCUAGGCUAAAAAUAUGCGAGACUAUGCGGCGGGAGAUUCCUUCAUGUCGGGUGUUUCUUCGUGAAACGCGUGGAAAUCACGGCCUUAUUGAUGACGAUCCCAAAUUGCGUAUAAUUCGAAACAAAUUUCUUCCAUUGUCUUCGAGAUAGGAUAAGCUUCUUGAGAUGUAAGUUUAGGAAGUGGGGAAGGUCCCAGUGCAGAAAGAAGUGCCAUGCAGGCCCGUUUGGAUGGGAAGCUGGCUUUGCUGUACACGCUACUAGUUUUACAAGUUCUCAUCGUCGUCAUCUACGUAGCUUCUACUCCGCCACCGGAACUAGUCGCAUCUACGACCCGAAAUUCAGUGAGUUUCGUCAAAUUCGAAUCCCCUCAGGCAAAACAAGAGAGUGAACCUCUAGUCAAUCGCAAGUCAUUGCCCAGCUAUCGGACAAUCAACAGCCAGAUUCUUUUGAAGGAUAUCAGCACGUUUAAACUCUUUGAGAAGUACAAUCUCACCUCGUGCUGGCGUGAAGGAGUGAAUGAUCGACGUAUGAAAAAAGAGGACGAUUUAGAGAAGUGCGUGUGCAAUCAAGGAUGGCACGGAUCGGAUUGCGGUCAACCGGAAGUGGUAUGGCGUGCGAUCAUGGCCUCGAAGCAGAAUAUCAAGUUGAAGAAGAGGAAAAUUGCAAGAAGAAUUAUCCACGUGUUUUCUAUCAACGAUUACAACUCGGCGAUCGCCGAGGUGAUAGUAGAGGAACUAUACGGCGUAGUAGAUCUCUUUGUGAUCUAUGAUUUUAGUAAUGCUGAAGAUAACUUCCGGCACAAACUAGCUAAGGGGCUGUUGCGUCGGGAGCAGCACAAGAUUUUGUAUGUUAAUUUGGAAGGGAAAAUUCGUAAACCCUCAAGGGUAAUAUCAACGUAUAUCUGGGAUAGGAUGAACAGUGUUGUGAUGAACUUACGUGAUGAUGACAUUUACGUUACGACUGAACCAGAGCAGAUAUUAAAUUCUAGAGCACUGAUGUUCCUCAAGAUAUAUGACGGAUGGCCGCAGCCUAUUGGCUUUCGAUUGAGAUGGUCGGUUUUUGGAUUCUUUUGGCAGCAUCCAAUGAAAACGUCAAUUACCGUUGGAGCAUGUACUAUCAGCUUUACUCGCGAGGUAUACCGAUCGAAUUCUCUGAUUUUGCCAAAAGAGCUUGGCGGUGAAGUCACUGAGAGGGAUGUCCUAGGAUUAGUGAUAGGCGACUUGAAUCAUUAUGGCGGAUGGUACUGCUACUUAUGUCAGGAUCCUGCUAAUAUAAUAACUUCCCUUCGUCACAAGACCAAAUCUAGAGAGAUUAAGUUUGAGAAGAAUAUAGAUGUUCCCUUUGUGGAGGACCUUAUUGGCACUGGUGUAUUUCUAGAUGGGAAAACAAACCUUCUCAGGGCCUAUAAAUCUCGAGAUCCUUAUUAUGCUCCAGAAACGGUACUCAAUAAUACGUGGAAAUACGACUGGUUGGUAGAGAACUUUUAUGCUAAAUUGGACUACUACUAACACACCGGUGGCUCCCCGACUGUGAUAUUAACUCAUACUCAAUACUCAAUGUACACUACAUAUUAUAUACCGAAUUUAUACACCAAAUUAAUAUGUUGAUUAAACUAUGAAUGUUGAAUAAUUUAUAUACAUACAUCUUAAAAAGAAAA